GUUGCCGCGCAGUCCGCUCCAAAAGAGCAAGGAAAGAGUGAAAAAGAGCGUACGACGGAAAGAACAGCUGUACUUCAUCUGAAAGGAUCUGAUGUAAAAGAAAAAUCUUCGCCAACAAGCGAGGAGGAGACCAGAAGAGUCAGAUUGAUUGCACGAGUGCGUCGUAGCGAUGACGAUGAGCUUGAAGCAACGAAGCCAGGUAAAGAGACCAAGACCAAGCAUGAAAAAGUCACUUCACCUGGCUAUACGAAAGUGAAGGAGAGUGAAAGCUAUGAAGCUCAUAUUAAGCCGCAGAAGGAGAUCAAGCAUGAGAUGACUACUUCACCUGGCUAUACGAAAGUAGAAGGUGAAAGCUAUGAAGCUCAUAUUGGCAAGCCAAAGGGUCGUCAUCCUCGACUUUUCGGCCGAUGGCGUCAUGAGGGAGAGGAAGAAACAGUUGAGAAGGAGCAUGUUCUACCCGGAGGAUACGUUAUGCCAACAACUUCGUAUCAAGGUCCUCUGGAGUCGACUUCUCGCGAAUCUGAACUGCAACCUGCACCGCUGAAAGACUAUGCGAAAGCUUAUCACAGCGGCCAGUCGUGGGAUCCAAUACAAGGUGCCAUACAUGACGUCGAAGUAGAGCGCAGGAAGAUAGAUGAGCAAAUUGGUGGAGUAGAAGCGGGUUUAUCUGAAAAGAGCGGCACUGAGCGCACUACCGGAAAGACGACUGCUCUCCACACGAAAACUUCCGAGAAGAAGAAAGGACUUCCGGAGGAGACGGAAGAGGAAACUAGAAGAGUUAGGCUCAUAGCUCGUGUUCUACCGGAAACCCCAGAGGAUGAAGUUACACUGAGGACGAAGCCUAAAGACAAAGACAAGGAGUCAUCAGGACUGUUUGGCUUUUUGAAAGGAAAACGAAAGGGACGAGAGGUUGACGAAUCUCAUCUGAAAGUACGAGAAGGUGAUGAACCACAUGUGAGCACCGAGAAGUACACAGGUCCAUUGGAUAAGAUCGAUCCACAAAAAGACAUGGAGAAACUUCCACUCGAAGUAACUGCCCCUGUCCCUGCACCGCGCAGAACUUCUGCAGAAGCUCCGCGAGCACCUGAUCGCGUGCAAGCCUUUGGCAGAUGGCGCCAUGAGGGUGAAGAAGAGACGGUUGAGAAGGAGCGAGUGAAUAAGGACAAGUACGGUCUUCCUCCUACUUCAUACCAAGGCCCUCUUGAAUCCACCACUCGUAUUACUGAGCUACAACCAGCUCCACUGCGAGACUAUGCACAAGCAUAUCAUCACGGGCAGUCAUGGGAUGUCGGCAAGGACACUAAAACACCUACCAGUACGCCCACCGAGCGAGAGGAAGGUACUGCCAAGACAGGAAUUCUUCAUCUGAAAAAAUCUCCUGUCAAAGAACGAACUUCACCAUUGCCAGAUGAAGAUGAUGAACGAAAAGUUCGCUUGAUAGCGCUAGUGCGAAGAACUUCUGAUGAAGAGCGAGACCUAGCCGAACGAGAAAAAGGCCUUGGUAAAUCUAGUCCUUCAAAAUCUCCAAAAACCAAGUUACAUAAGGAGCGAUUCGUGAAGACAUCUGACACUGCGACUGAGAAAUCACCCAAACGCGGACAUCUCUUUGGCAGAUGGCGACAUGAAGGUGAAGAAGAAACAGUUGAAAAGGAAGGAGUUCGUCCGGAAAGUUAUGGCACAACCACUGACGCCUAUAGUGGUCCCCUUCACUCAACCACCCCUCAGCAUGAACUGGAACCUGCGCCAAUAGGGGAUUUUGCCACAGUGUACCAUCCUGGUCAGUCUUGGGAUGACAAAGGAAAGAAAUCACCUGUUCUAACUGGUGUGAGAGAACAUGUUGAUGAAGAAAGUGAGACUGACCGAAAGACUAAGGAAAAGGCGGUUCUCCAUUUGAAAGCGCCUAAGGAAGAAGAACAAACUCGAGCGACA